AUGUUCUUCCACAGUAUCAUCAUCAUCUUCUCAUUAUCCACCACUCUCUUCAUACUCACAAUCCUCACAGUCCCCCAAACAACCAAAUCAUCAUCAUCAUCAUCAUCUGCCCGGCCCGAAAUCAACAUCACGAAACAUCUCUCCUUCCCCAAUUUCAGCCCGGAAGCCCAAACCAUCCAAGACCUCACACUCCUCGGCAGUGCCGCCGUCUCUCCUCAAACGGGCUGCAUCCAAAUCCCCGAAAACAACCUCCAAAACACGGCCGGCCGAGCUAUCUACUCUUCCCCUAUCCGUCUACUCGACCCCAAAACCCGUUCCCCUGCCUCAUUCUCAACCACCUUCUCUUUCCGGAUCCACAACCCGUCCGCCCGACCCGGCCCCAUCUCGGGCGGGCUGAGCUUCGUCAUCGUGCCCGACGAGCUCACGGUCGGCAGGCCCGGCCCGUGGCUCGCCAUGCUUAACGACGCGUGUGAGGACGAAUACAAAGUGGUCGCCGUCGAGUUCGAUACUCGCAAAAACCCCGAGUUUGGGGACCCAAACGAUAAUCACGUGGGCCUUAAUCUCGGCAGCAUAGUCUCAACUAUUUCCAUCAAUGCCUCGGAUUUUGGGGUUCGUCUAAACGAUGGCUCGGUUCACCGGGCCUGGAUAAAUUACGAUGGGAACAGUAAAUUCUUGGAAAUUUAUCUCGGGCGGGACGAGACGACGAAACUCCCGAGUCGACCCGCUUAUUCGGGUAAUCUCGAUCUCUCGCCUUAUCUUAACGAAUACAUGUUCGUCGGGUUCUCCGGCUCGACUGGCGGCAACCACACGGAGGUCCACAGCGUGUGCUCGUGGAAUUUCACUUCCGCUAGUCGGGCUUUUCUGCGGGUCCCGUCUGGUGAAAGCUGCGCGGGUAAGAUCACAGUGGAUAAAAACUUCGACCACGUCUCGAGCAAGACUCCGAGCAGUUUCUACAUUUUCGUGGCUGUGGUUGUGCUUGUGCUCAUAGUCAUGAUCAACCUGUACUUCAACCGUAAGCCGAAGAGGAGGCCCGAACCCGACUCGAUCACGGGCUCUCCAAAGGAGGAGAAGAAGUGGCCCGGCCCGCCGACGAGGGCCCGGAAAUUCAGCCUCUCCCUGAUUUCUUCCGCCACGCGGGCCUUCACGGAGCUGCAGAUAUUGGGGAGUGACUCGAGGAGCGUGACGUAUAAGGGUAGUUUGGUAAAUGGGAGUACAGUUGCCGUGAAGCGUUUUCACGGCCAGUUUUCGGGGGCCCGUGACUCGGACAUGAGGCGGAGGAUGAUUAAGGAAGUGAAGGCGCUCGGGAGAAUCCGGCACCCGAAUAUAGUUUCGAUCCGAGGGUGGUGCUUCGACCGUGGGGAGAUGAUCGUGGUUUACGAUUUUGUCCCUAACGGAAGCCUCGACAAGUGGCUCUUCGGGUUCGGGGUUUUGCCUUGGACGAGACGGUUUAAGGUGGUUAAGGACGUGGCCGAGUCGUUGAGCUACGUUCACUCCAAGGAUUUGGCUCACAAGAACGUGAAAACGAGUAGCGUUUUUCUCGACGUAAGCUUCCGGGCCCUAUUGGGGGAUUUCGGGUUCGUGCUGUCGAUGGUCGAGUCGACUCGGUUCGAGUCGCUCGUGAGCCAAAAGGUGGAUAUUUUCGAGUUUGGGGUGUUGGUGUUGGAGGUGGUUUCGGGCCGGGGGAGGAUGGGUUCUGGGCCUGGCGAGCGAGACUUGUUGGAUCUCGCGUGGGCCAUGCACGAGUCGGACGAGAAGGGGAGGCUGGUGGACCGGAGGAUGGGCCCGGUUGUGAAUCCGGAUCAGGCGAUACGGGCCGUGGAAGUUGGGCUGAUGUGCACGUUGAACGAUAACAAGGGGAGGCCCACUAUGAAAGAGGUGGUGGAGUACUUGAAUUUUGAGAGGCCCGUGACCGAGCUGCCGACGGCCCGGCCCAUUUCGUUGUUCCCGUACAGCAGCACCACUGGGUUGUGCAGUGGGUACUCUUGUGCUCCGUUCAAGUGA